AAGGAACCCCUUUUCUCAGACAAGCAAAACGUUGGUCUGCAUCUUUCCCUCAGGUGGUAGCAGCUCUCUCUCGGUGGGCGGGAAGGAAUUGGCGGGAAAGGAGGGGUCGGAGGAGCAAGGGACGGCAGAAGAAGACCUGCUGUAUAUAUCUCUGUGCGCGCUCCCUCAGUUGGAUUCCAUAGUCUGGGAAGUAAUCAGGAGGAAUCUCCGCAAAUGCUUCUAACAGUCAGGACGCAAGAAGGAUCCAGCGGGGAGAGCUGGGAGCGGCUCUAGUAGUGGGCUCAUGAGGAGGCCACCGCUUCUCCUAUCCGCCCAACCCCUUAUCUCACCUUUAUGGACGAGCACCUCAGUCUCCUGCACUCGCCUCCUCCGUCCUCCACCAGACACAGAAGCAACUGCAACAUAGUGAACCCAGGCUACACGGAGUCGGAGCAGGAGAUCAUGACGGUGGCGGCUUGUGACAACAACAUCUUAGAGGAGGCGGCUGCUCUCCCGGGUCACCACUCCAGCGAAGCGUACGAGCAAGACGACCAGGAGUGCUGCGAGAGGCUCGUCAUCAAUAUAUCGGGCCUUCGCUUUGAGACCCAGUUAAAGACUUUAGCCCAGUUUCCCGACACGUUGCUGGGCGACCCCAAGAAAAGGAUGAGGUACUUCGAUCCCCUGCGGAACGAAUACUUUUUUGACCGGAACCGGCCCAGUUUCGAUGCCAUCCUCUAUUACUACCAGUCGGGCGGCAGGAUCAGGAGACCCGUCAACGUUCCCAUCGAGAUCUUCUCGGAAGAGAUCCGCUUCUACCAGCUCGGGGAAGAAGCCAUGGAAAAGUUCAGGGAAGACGAGGGCUUUAUUAAAGAAGAAGAGCGGCCGCUUCCCUCCAAUGAAUACCAGAGGCAACUGUGGCUUCUGUUCGAGUAUCCGGAGAGUUCGGGGCCUGCCAGAGGGAUUGCCAUUGUCUCCGUCCUGGUCAUCCUCAUCUCCAUCGUCAUCUUCUGUCUGGAGACGCUGCCCGAGUUCAGAGACGACAAGGAGUUCAGAGUGACACCUGUCAAUGGCACCGGCCCGUUCAUCAGCAGCUCCUUCACCGACCCCUUCUUCGUGGUGGAGACCCUGUGUAUCAUAUGGUUCUCCUUCGAGCUGCUGGUCAGGUUCUUCGCCUGCCCGAGCAAAGCCACUUUCUCUAAGAACAUGAUGAACAUUAUAGACAUUGUGGCCAUCAUCCCUUACUUUAUCACUCUGGGCACCGAGCUGGCCGAGCGUCAGGGGAACGGGCAACAGGCGAUGUCUCUGGCGAUCCUUAGGGUCAUCAGGCUGGUGAGGGUCUUUCGGAUUUUUAAGCUUUCCCGACAUUCCAAAGGGCUGCAGAUCCUGGGGCAGACGCUAAAGGCCAGUAUGAGGGAACUGGGGCUGCUCAUUUUCUUCCUCUUCAUCGGAGUCAUCUUAUUCUCCAGCGCCGUCUACUUCGCCGAGGCCGAUGACCCUUCUUCAGGGUUUAACAGCAUCCCGGACGCCUUUUGGUGGGCGGUGGUUACCAUGACUACCGUGGGAUACGGCGACAUGCAUCCGGUCACUAUCGGGGGGAAGAUCGUGGGUUCUCUGUGCGCCAUUGCCGGGGUGUUAACCAUCGCCCUGCCGGUGCCGGUUAUCGUGUCCAACUUUAACUACUUCUACCACCGGGAGACGGAGGGAGAGGAGCAGGCUCAGUACCUGCACGUUGGCAGCUGCCAGUCCUCUAAUGAGGAUCUGAAGAAGACGCGGAGCAACUCGUCGCUGAGCAAAUCCGAAUACAUGGUCAUAGAGGAAGGGACUGAGCCCUUUAAACAGCCGCCUUUUAAAUCAGGCAACAACCCGAACUGCGUUAACAUAAAGAAGAUCUUCACCGAUGUGUAAUGACACGUGUUGGGAGGCGAAUGCAUUAACAGCAGCUUCAGCGUGUUCCUCUCUCAUGUUUCUUUUCUUCCACAGGGGCACCCUCAGCCUGCUGAGCAACUCCAGCCAUACAGCAGCUGCCAUCCAACGCCUUUAUCUUUUGUUAACGUUUCGGGCAGGUCUGGACUGGGAGUCAAUAUAGGUCCAAGUACAGAGAGACGCACUCAGCUCCCCACCAGCCCACUAAAUAGUGACUUUCUAUGGCAUUUUACAGCAGCCCCUCUGGCAUUUGCCAGAACCCACAGAUUGCCACUCCGGGCUGGGAGCUCUGAUAUUGUCUCCCAAUAAAGUGCUGCUGCUGCUUAGUUUUUGAAUAUCAGUGCACAAGGAAGGUCACCGUAUUGCUAAUUAUUUAUCAGGCAACCUUUUGAGGGCAAUAUGAUUCAAUCUAGCUGUUAUUAUUUGACCCUUACAGAUAACAAAUGCUGAUGGAGUUAAUCCCUGCAGAAAAAUCACAUUGUUCUGUUUUAUACAUUGUGACAGAACGGCACUGAUGUUUCUGUCGAAAGUAGAUCGACACUCAGUUCAACACUUAUGUUUAAGUUUGCAGGGAAACUGCAAUUUUUAUACUGUCUGUGAUAGUGCCAAGCAGCAGAACAAAACUCAGAUUAUGUGUAACAUGUCUACAUGCCAGAGGAUUAAACUGCUGCACUUGCUUUUCAUCGGAAGUUACUAAUUCUUCACUCCAGUGAUGCAGUUUCCACAGUAACAUGGGUUUCCUGGGAAACCCAAUUCGUUGUCAUGGCAUCCCUUUCAGUUCCCAUAGCAACCAUCCAGAUGGCUCCAAUUUACAGAUAUGCUGCUGCUGUUGGGAAAAUGCUCAGAGAAAGUUAAUCCCAGUGAGCUUCACAAAAUAUGUAUGGAAAUAAGGACGUCGCCUGCAAUGGAGGGAAUGAAGAAUCAUUUCGAGCCUCUUGCUGACAAGUACAAAGUAAUCUCCCAGAGACAAAAUAAACAUAAACUGUAUUACAUCUAUAAGGAGGGGUCUGCUGAAAAUCUUAACUCUAACUCUGUAAAAUGAUCACUUUAAAAAAAAUGAUUGGAAAGAAAAUAAGCAGUAGCAUCUUUUAAACAGCACUUUAUACAUUUUAAAAACUCAUCAGCACUUAACUAUGUAAAGGAAGUGAACCAGCCUUAUCAGGAAAAACAGACCAUGGCAAUUAGGGAAUAACUGAAAGGCAACUUCAAUUGGAAAAGGCCAGCCUUGUCUUAACCCUUUCACCAAAGGAAGUGGUGCAACAUAAAGGAAGGUAUUAGAAGAUUUUAAAGGCCUGGAUAGAAUAGACAGAUCAUUUUGUCGUUCUCCAGAUGUCGUGAAAAGCCGUGGAAGAAAACACAAGGAAAUGAAAGCAUCCUAAAACAAUGGAUUGUGCAAAGAAAGGUUCUGGUCUCAUAGUAAUAUGUUUCUAUUUUUAUAUAACGAUUUCUUAGUUGUUAGUUCUCCACAAGUGCAUUAUGUUGCAGAAAUUGUUUUAGAAUUCCAACAUACCCAAAUUCACUGCAAUAUGUCUUAGUAUGAGAAGACAAAGGGGGUUAUUUUUUUUUAAGUCUGAAUGCCAAAAACUCCCAAAAAAAAUCAAUUUUUUUUUUUGAAGAAAAAAAACC